GCGCCGAGCCGGGGUGGUCCGUCCGUGACGUCAUCGUCCGCUCCUCCGAGUCGGUCCCGGCAGUAAACCAGGAUGUGACUGAUGCCGCUGAGCUAACGCACCAGAAAACGGAGGUUUUUAUGGAAAACACCGCGGAAUACAACCUCACCGCAGUCAGCAGAGACUCCUGAGCGCCUUACUGUCCCCCGGAAGGUGCAGUGACAAACAAAUUAACCGCGGUUUCUGUCGGGCUGCUGAGAGGAGCGCACCGGGAUGAGUGGGGCUGCUCUAGGUAUCGAGAUCGUGGUGGUGUUUUUUCUGGCGCUGUUCCUGCUGCACCGAUAUGGAGACUUCAGGAAGCAGCAGCGCAUGGUGUUGUUUGGCACGCUGCUGGCCUGGUACCUGUGUUUCCUCAUCGUCUUUAUCUUACCUCUGGAUGUCAGCACGACCAUCUACAAGCAGUGCAAGAUAGACCACGAGGAACAUGCUUCUGCUCCCACCAUCAGCCUGUUACCGUUCAAUCACACGGCAGCAAACACAUCUGUCACCCCAUCUAAAAGUGUCCCAGAGCCAUGCUACAAGCCGUGGAGCUACAUCCCUGAUGGCAUCAUGCCUGUGUUCUGGAGAGUGGUGUACUGGACGUCCCAGUGUCUCACAUGGCUGCUGCUGCCCUUCAUGCAGUCAUACGCUCGCUCUGGGGGCUUCUCCAUCACUGGGAAAAUUAAAACAGCACUGAUAGAAAAUGCGAUUUAUUACGGGACCUACCUGCUCAUCUUCGGCUCUCUGCUCAUAUACGUGGCUGUUCAUCCUGAGUGGCAUCUCUCCUGGUACGAGCUGCAGACCAUCGGGAUCACGGCGGCCAACACCUGGGGUCUGUUCCUGCUGGUGCUGCUGCUCGGUUACGGUCUGGUGGAAAUCCCUCGCUCCUACUGGAACGCCUCACGUCACGGACACUUACUCAUCAAGACGUACUUCAAGGCGUCCAAACUGAUGACGGAGAAGGCAGACGCAGAGGAGAACCUGGAGGACGUCAUGGAGGAGGUGAGAAAAGUCAGUGAAUCCAUCAAGUACAACCAUCCACUGAGGAAGUACAUCGACACAAUUCUCAGGAAAUGCCCGGUGGAUUACCAAGAGAAGAUGGGCAGGAACAUGGACGACUAUGAGGACUUCGAUGACAAACAAAACACUUAUCCCAGUGAGAAGAGCCUGGUGAAGCUUCAUAAACAGGUGAUCUAUGCGGUUCAGAGACACAACAGGACUCGCGUGCAGUGGCAGAUCCUCCUUCAGCAGGCCAUCCAUCUGGAGGACGUAGCCAAGAACGAGACCAGUUCAACCCACCAGUUUGUCCACAGCUUCCCGUCCUCUGAGCCAGCCGGCUGGUUCAGCAGAUACGUCUACACUCCGGUCGUAGAGUGGUACUGGGAGUGUCUCCUGAAGCGCUGGUUUUAUCGGCUGCUGUCUGUGGUCCUGACCCUGUUCAGCGUGGCCGUGGUCUGGUCUGAGUGCACCUUCUUCAGCACCCGGCCCGUCCUCUCUCUGUUCGCUGUGUUCAUCCAGCUGGCUGAAAAAGACUACAACUACCUGUACAUCGAGAUGGCGUGUUUCAUCACAAUCUUCUUCCUCUGUACCUGCGUUUACUCCACUGUGUUCCGCAUCCGGGUCUUCAACUACUACUACCUGGCCUCCCAUCACCAGACUGAUGCUUACAGCCUCCAGUUCAGCGGCAUGUUGUUCUGUCGUUUAACUCCUCCUCUGUGUCUGAACUUCCUGGGUUUGAUCCACAUGGACUCUGCCAUCUCCCACCAGCAGAAGAAACAGACUGCUUACACCUCAAUCAUGGGAUCGAUGCAGGUCCUCUCCUUUAUUGCUAACGGCUUCUAUAUCUACUACCCCAUGCUGAUAGUCAUCCUCUGUAUCGCCACCUACUUCAGCUUGGGGACUCGCUGCCUGAAUCUUCUGGGCUUCCAGCAGUUCGUGGGUGACAGUGAAAUGACCUCUGACCUGAUUGAUGAGGGAAAGGAGCUGAUCAGACGGGAGAAAAGGAAGCGGCAGAGGAUUGAAGAUGGUGAGAACAGACGCAGAGAGUGGAAGGAGCGUUACGGAAACUCGCGGGAGGAGUACGCCGCGAGGAACAGGAGCAGUCACGAGAUGAAGGAAACCAGUUACUCUGACAGCCUGAACUCCAGCAGCAACAGACAGGCUAAAUAUUCUCGCUCUGGGAGUCGAGCAGAGAGGGACUGCAUCGAGCUGCUGCAGGACGCUGAGCCGUUGGACUUCAGUGCUGACGCUCUGACGGACGACCCUCUGGACACAGACUCUGGCAGACAUGCAGGAGGACGGUAUCUGUCCAUGUCGUCGUCUCGCAGCCGGAUAUUUGACGACGUCUAACGGGGAGAAGAAACCUGAAGGAGAGCCCUAAACUGGAAUGCACACCAACAUCCACAUCACUGUCUACACGUCCGCCUGCGGGGAGCGAAUGGACCACCUCUCCUCCAUCUCAGUGCACGCAGGCUGUUUGCUCAUCUCCCAUCAUGCAUGGUAAUUAGAAAAAAACAGCUCACAUGUGCCCGUGAAGCUCUGUCACCCGGAAAUGUUUUCAUAAACGCUCAGCGGCGGUUUUUCACGUCCAGCUCGGCCGCAUGUCAGUGAAGACUCCUCUGCAGGAAUAUUAAUCCAGACUCUGACAGACAUUGGUCUCGAUUCCCCUGCUGGGUUUACUGCCCUGUUUGUCUGAGCUGCACGUCAUGAUGGCAGGAGUCGCUCUGUCACUGUCUGAGCGUGCAGGUGAAUGUGAAUCCGCAGCGGCUGCACGUCCGGUUAAAUGAAGGUCCUGAGACGUGUGUUUUAUUUAUGUGUUUUAUUUUUUUCACUUAAAUGUUCAUGUUAUUUAACUGAAUGUCACAUCACAAACAGUUUUCAACAGAGGAUCCAGUCACUGAUUAACGUGAUUAUUACAUGAUGAUGUGUCCAUUGAUCUCCACUUGAUUUGAACUAACUUACCUUCGGUCAUGGAAGAAGGUCUGAUUUUCACAUAAUACGUGAAAUUACUGUGCAGCUUCCAGGUAUUUUGGUGAAGGUGUGUACACCUGUAAUCUGAAGCUGUUCAGGACUUUGUAACAUCGUGCUGUAAGAAACCAUGCACACAUUAUGGUUUCCAACCAUCCAAACUUCUCUGUGUUGAGCGUUCAGUGUCCUGCUUGACUAAAACACUUUCUGCCGUGUCUAAAGAUUAAACGGUUCAAAAUGGCAGAUGAUUCAUUUACCCACCUAUGGUGUGAAUGGAGUUGUAAGUACACGUCUUAGAAAAAUAAGCAGAAGAAAAGUGACCUUUAAAGGACCAGACCUGUAUUUUUGUGUGUUUUAGCCCGUUUGUUACAACCCGACUUCUUUGCCGGUCAUUUUCCGAAGCGGUCAUUGAUCAGAGCUUUCCGGGCGGCCGUUGGUUUCCAUUUAUUUUACUACAGUAUGAAACUGAAAACUUGACUCAGGACUGAGUGGUUUAGAACCAAGAAUAGAUCCCUGAGGAACCCUGUCUGCCGGAUGUGGAAGAAGGCAGCUGUUUGAUCGCACGUCAAGCCAUUUCAAUUUAAUAAUCUGAUAAUAUGUCAGAUGAUGUGUUUACAGCUUGUUCUGCUGCCCCCAAGUGGACAAAAAAAACUGCUAAUGCUGGUUUAACUAAGAAGUUAAGUUGCCUUCGCUGAAUCAAAGCUUUACCUAAAAAAAAACGUUUAUGAAUAAUUUUGUACCAUUGAGGCCGUUUUUAAGGCACUGAACAGAAAACCGACACGUUAACUCGCAAGUUUAAAAUAUAAAGAACCAAGAACAGAUCCCUGAGGAACGCCUCGAGGGUUCUGAAACAGGUAAAAACACAGGUGUGAUCCUUUAAAUAUCGUUAGCAUGUAGCAUUGGCUCGAGUGUUGAUGAAAAGAUCCUGCUGGCAGGUUCAGUCAGAAAGGUUAAUCAUCAGGAGGAACCUGAUCUGAGUCCAGUGACUGUUCACCUUCACAUCCUGAUCUAUUCAUGUCUCUUCAGUGACACUCCUCUGUGUGUGUAUAUAUACAUGUAUGAUAUCUUUUUGUAUUAUAUGGGCUAAUUAAUGAUCUAGAGAAAGAUGUGACUUUGUAUUUAUGAUAAUUCUGCAGCCUCCUCAUUCACACUGUAUCUUUACUUAGUGACCCCCUCCCUCAGCACUAGACACCUUCCAGUAGAGUUUCCGUCUGAUCAUACUGGUGAUUCUGGUGACGAAGUAGUUGAAUUUAUGCUCUGAAUAUUUAUUGUCGUCAUGAUCUCAGCACAUCUCGUUUCUGAAUUUGGGGAUAGAGAGUAGGUAUUGAUCCUGUGAUUGACAGUAGUGAAUUAUUAAUCGGAGAAAAGACGGCGUAUGGUUGACUCUGCUGCCAGUGUUGUGUCAGUCAAUAAAAGCUAUCAGAGUUC